UUGAGGGCAAAACGAGAGUAUGUUAAAAAAUGCCAGACCACAGAAAGCUUAUACACUCUUGAAGAUCAGCGUUGUCUGAACUCGUUCUGUCAAGUGAGCCAUGGCUUCCACCAUAUCACCACCGCUGCUCCAGACCCUCUCACUACGCCGUGUGCGCAAUGCGCCCCUUACGUUAUGCCAGGCGCGCGUUUCUAAACCUGCGCCGUCGGCUAGCGCAACCUCCGUUCCCACCGGCAGGAGACAGCUGGUGUUCCUGCUGACGGCGUCGACGGCUCUGGCGGCGAAAGAAUCUCCGUCGAUUGCGGAGGAUAUUCCGUUGUUCGGCUUGAGGAAGAAGCUGAGGAAGGUGGAGGAGGAAGCGGAGGAGAUAGUGAAGGAAGGGUUCAACGCGGCGGAGAAGGGGAUCGAGUCCGUGGAGAAAGGAAUUGUAACGGCGGAGAAGGGAAUCGAAACGGUGGAGAAGGGGAUCGAGACGGCGGAGAGGGAGAUUGAAACGGCGGUGAGCUUCGGGGGGCUGGCGCAGGCGGGAGUGGUAGUGGGAGCGGAGGUUGUGGGGAUUUUGGUUGCUACUUCGGUUGUGAAUGGAAUACUGGGGCCGGAGAGUCAAAACUCGUACUAGUGGUAGUAGCCAAGUGUUGGUAAUUGGUUUUAUCUUGUUGUAAAAAUUCAUGCUUUUUGUAAUCGAAUCUGGCAUUUUAGUUGCAUAGAUUGUUGGUUUUCACUUAUUAAUAAGAUUGGGUCUAUAUCCUUUAUUUUUU